UAAAGAAAACAAUCUGAGCAAUGUUUUAAAAUUGCGAUUAUGGCGCCACCAUGGCGUUAUGGGGUGGCAGAAUUCAUGCCCGCCGCCAUACAGUUCUCGGCGCAACAAAUUUUUCACGGCGGCGAAAUGGUGGCCACAAUUGUGGUGGCGCCAUGCCGGACCGCAAUAGAAAUGGCGGAUGUUUUAGGAUUUUCGUUAAACUUUGAGGGUUAUUUUGAUAGUUUAGGAAACCAUAAAUGCAACAACUCACCCCCCUCAGCCUCCUUUUUACAGAAAACAGCUUCUUCCUCUCUAACGGUCCCAAAACUCUUCUAUCUCUCUCCCUCUUUGCUCUGGGCUGCCGGGCACCAAGUUCCGGCUCAACUUCCUCCUUCUCCGUCUUCCCUCUCUUCCAUUCUCUCGUGUUCUCUCUUCAGUUCUGUCGAACUCGAACCGAAUUCGCUGCUCGCCGCUGCUGCUUGCCACCGGUUCCCUCUUUCUCUCUGAAAUAGGGGCAAAUACACGCUUAUGUGAGAUACUCAGCAAAUCACUCCAAGGUUGCUUCUAAACCGCCAUUUCCAAAGAGCGGUUGGUGAUCCCUGAACCGCCUUUUAUUUAUUUGCAAAAAACCACAUCAUAGUUCUGAACUCAUUGCUCUGGCUCUCAACCUUGAAGGCUUGUAGCGGCAGCCGGCAGAAACAGGGGAAAAUACAAACUUAAUUGAGGUACUUGGGCAAAUCACUCCAAGGCUGCUUCCAAACCACCAUCCCAAUGGCACCCAAAGAGCCACUGGUGAUUUCCAACAAGGACGAGAUGAGGAAAUGGUCAAGGGCCAUGAGAUGCCAGGGGAAGGUCAUCGGACUUGUGCCUACCAUGGGCUACCUUCAUGAGGGCCACCUUACCCUUGUCAGAGAAGCUCACAAGCAUGCGAAUGUUAUAGCUGUUUCAAUUUAUGUAAACCCGGGGCAAUUUUCACCAAAUGAAGACCUUUCUACAUACCCUUCUGACUUUGAUGGUGAUAUCCGAAAGCUCAUGUCUGUUCCUGGUGGUGUUGAUGUUGUCUUCCAUCCCCACAAUUUGUAUGACUAUGGAAAUGAUAAGAAGAAUAGUAAUGUUGCAAUUGAGGGUGACAAAAUGGUGUCUUGUGUUGACCAAGGUGGACUCGGGCAUGAAACUUGGGUUAGGGUUGAAAAUCUUCAAAAGGGUCUUUGUGGAAAUAGCAGACCUAUCUUUUUUAGAGGUGUUGCUACCAUUGUGACCAAGUUAUUUAACAUAGUGGAGCCUGAUGUAGCUGUCUUUGGAAAAAAAGAUUAUCAGCAGUGGCGAAUUAUUCAAAGAAUGGUUCGAGAUCUUGAUUUUUCCAUUAAAAUUGUUGGUUCCGAAAUAACACGUGAGAAUGAUGGCCUGGCAAUGAGUUCGCGUAAUGUGCGGCUUUCUACGAAAGAGAGGCAAAAUGCACUAUCUAUAAAUAAAUCUUUGUUAAAAGUUAAAUCAGCAGUAGAAGAUGGUCAGGUGCAUUGUGAGAAGUUGAGAAACUUAGUGGUCCAAUGUGUUACUGAGGCUGGUGGACAGAUUGAUUAUGCUGAGAUUGUUGAUCAAGAGAAUCUGGAGAAAGUGGAAUUUAUCAAUGGCCCAGUUGUCUUGUGUGUUGCAGCAUGGUUUGGGAAAGUGAGACUUAUAGACAACAUGGAAAUUAACUUCAAAAUGGAUGUGAGAAAAUGAUAUAGUUAAGCUACCAUGUCUCAUCUUAGCUCUCUAGUAUGCUCCACGUGGUAAUAGCUCAUGCACAAUGCAAUGAUACACCACAUUUUCCCCCCUCUUUCCUGGUAUGAAUUACUCUUCAUUACUGGUAGAUUUAUUUUGUUUACCUUGACGUUAUAGUUGGCUGAUAAUAAAUUAAUAAUAGAACAUACUGAUGGUUGUUCUCGGUGACAAUAGUGUAAUGAAAUCAUAAACUAUAGAAAGAAGAAAUGAAAAGGUAUGGCUUGCGAGAGAGUUAGUAAAAGGGAAUUGUCAGGAUUGUUAUACAAGUGUUUCACUUUUUGUUUUUCUUUGUUUAAUGGGUAAGCUUUGUUCAUGCAAAAAUGUUUAGAUACGUUUAGCACCUGAUAUCAUAUGGCUACUAGAAUCAGCAUACUUUUCUAUGAUGGAUGAGCACCUAUCAAGGCUGUCAAAACGGGUAGGCCCGCCCGUUGAAGCAUGCAAAAAAUAAACAAGCUUAAAUGGAUCGGUCUACUUUGUCUAGCAGACCCCAUUUGCCGGAUGGGCUGAUUUAACACAAAUCACUAGACCUAAACGGGGCUCAUUUUUUUGGUUAUUGGAGAGAAGAAUGUGUUGUGCUGAGUUAUGGGAUAAAGGGGUGUUUAACGUUAUUGUGGGACAGAAUUUUCUGACAUGCUAAGGUAACAAGUCGGACCAUACGACUUGUAUGAGAGAGAAAAUAGAAUUUGCA